AUGUCGAGUGUCACUUUUGGUAAGUUCGAGAAGCAGUACGCGAUCAAAUGUCAUCUGAUCGAUCUAAUGAAUAACUGUAAUGAACAAUUGGAUAUAUUGUUCGUGAUCUUCAAGCAAGCGUUGUUUCUCUUAUGGUGGUACGUGAGAUUUUACACCGUUGAUGUGGCGGCUCAAGACCGCGAAGUUCGGUCAGGGACAAAAUUUGGAACCUCAGAAACCUUCGCGGAAACCUCUGUGGAAUUCCUGAAUCGUUCUUCUCUGAACGUCAGAAGCACUAGUGAAAAUAUCAAGCAGCUUAAGCAGAAUUUGUCGCUGAACUUGGAUGUUACUUUCAUCGCUGACAUGGAGCAGGCAGCUAAGAUCUUAGCCGCUGCUGCUGGUCACUCUCCAGAUUCCAUUAAUUUUUCUACGCUUAUGAUCCAGGAGCUGAAACGUCUGAUCUGUCACUUGACGACGUAA